AUGGCUGGCGGCGCCGUGAGCUCAGUGAGGAAGGGCAUCUCGUGCCCGACUCAAGACCCGAACUGCACGCGCAUCGUGGAAAGCCUCUCCUUGUGGAACAACUCCGUGAUGAGCGCGUACAAGCUGGUAGAUUUACCCCCCACGACCACCUCCGUUGCCAUGGUAGAAGAGUCAGUUUACCCUUUCCCAACGGUGGAUGUGCCUGAUCAUGCUCAUUACACUAUUGGUGCUGUCAUCCUUGCUGUUGGCAUCACUGGCAUGUUGGGCAACUUCCUGGUCAUCUAUGCAUUUAGCAGGAGCCGGACCCUGAGGACACCUGCCAACUUGUUUAUAAUAAACCUGGCCCUCACAGACUUCCUCAUGUGUGUCACCCAGGCGCCCAUCUUUUUCACCACCAGCAUGCACAAGAGAUGGAUCUUUGGGGAGAAAGGUUGUGAGUUGUAUGCAUUCUGUGGGGCUUUAUUUGGCAUCUGCUCCAUGAUCACGCUCAUGGUCAUCGCAGUGGAUCGAUACUUCGUGAUCACGCGGCCGCUAGCCUCUAUUGGUGUGCUGUCUCAGAAGAGAGCUCUGCUGAUCCUUCUCAUAGCCUGGGCCUAUUCACUUGGCUGGAGCCUUCCACCCUUCUUUGGAUGGAGUGCUUAUGUUCCUGAAGGGCUGUUGACCUCUUGCACCUGGGAUUAUAUGACCUUUACACCCUCCGUGCGAGCUUACACUAUGCUUCUCUUCACCUUCGUCUUCUUCAUUCCGCUUAUCGUCAUCAUCUAUUGCUAUUUCUUUAUUUUCCGAUCCAUUCGCAGCACUAAUGAAGCUGUGGGCAAAAUUAAUGGAGAUAACAAGAGAGACACAAUUAAACGAUUCCAACGACUGAAAAAUGAAUGGAAGAUGGCAAAAAUUGCUCUUAUUGUCAUUCUCAUGUAUGUCAUCUCCUGGUCUCCAUAUUCAACUGUGGCACUGACAGCCUUUGCUGGGUAUGCUGAUAUGCUCACACCAUAUAUGAAUUCAGUUCCUGCUGUGAUAGCCAAAGCUUCAGCCAUCCACAAUCCCAUCAUCUAUGCCAUCACACACCCUAAAUACAGGUUGGCCAUAGCGAAAUACAUUCCAUGUCUCCGUGUGCUGUUGUGCGUCCCGAAGCGUGACCUCCACUCGUUCCACAGCAGCUUUAUGUCCACACGUCGUUCCACCGUCACAAGCCAGUCCUCUGAUAUGUCCGGACAGUUCCGCAGAACCAGCAAUGGCAAGUCCCGGCUCUCCUCAGCCUCCGACAGCGAAUCUGGCUGGACAGACACUGAGGCUGAUCUCUUGAGUUUGAGCUCCAGGCCUGCCAGCCGACAGGUGUCUUGUGACAUCAGCAAGGACACUGCGGAGAUCCCAGACUUCAAACCAUGCAACUCAUCCAGCUUCAAGUCUAAGGUCAAAAGCCAUGACUCGGGCAUCUUUGAAAAGAGCUCCUCUGAUGUGGAUGAUGUGUCUGUGGUCGGAAUCGUUCAACCUGAUCGUACUUUUCCUUUAGCUGCUGGUGACAUGACAGACAUGCCAGUUUCAAGAGGUGCGAUUGGUCGGAUUCCCAGCAUUUUCAUCACCUCUGAGUUUAGCUCUCUCCUGCCCUCAGUACGAUCCUACAGAAGCAGCUGCUCAAGUAUGACCAGUUUUGGGGCAAAUCUGCCCAGAAGAGACUCUCGUGGAGGAGUCCAGCAGGGGGCAGUGCUUCUCUCCAUUGCUGCUGAAACACCUGAGGCCGCUCAUUUAGACAACCCUCGCCCCAAACAUACAUAGUGUUUAUACCACUCGCCAUCUCAAGCUUACCUUUUAGCAUUGUGUCAGGGUUCAGUGUUUCUUUUUUUUUGUGAGUUAUUAUGUUUUGUGGUGUAGACAUUUAGUAAGAGAGUAAGGGAGAGUUGUAUUACAGAAUGUAAAAUAGUCAUACAUCGAUUCUCUUUUCUUUUACACAUGUAAUGCAUUUUUAUGAUGACCUCAACUACUACAGGAUGACCAGCACCUUUGUUUCCCUCUGUUUUAAGGGUGUAUUUAACAGACAGUGCUUUAAAUCAGGCAAAGUUACUUAUGGAGACUUGGAUGGAUGGAGAGAAAGGGCAUCUCAAGUUCUUUUAGUCUAGUCAUCAACCUCAAAUGGCAUUUACAGGUAAUAUUAGCUUACUUAAGGAGUUGUUUGUGUUUGCUUUAGUAUUAAGCUUUAAAGGUUUGUGUUUCUUGAACAUUAUACAUACUAUUUCGAAAGUUGUUUCCUUUAGCCUUAAGCUUUUUUUAUAAUGCCAUUUUCAACCAACAUACCUGAUAUUUAUGUCAUCACUCGAAGCGAGACUCUGUCUGGAUGUGUUUUGCUUAACAGGGUCAUUUUAAGACUGCGGUAUGUGAGUUUUGCUCUUGAGGAGCUCAAAUGUUCUCUGCUCGCCUCCACAGAACUUAAAGGUAUGCAAUAUAAAGACAUUGAAACAUCAUGUUUAGGAAACAUGGUGAUUUCUGGUAUGGAUAUUAAUUGAAUCAUUAAACGUCUUAGAACUUAAGACUUAAC